AUGGUGGAGAGGAACCAAACAGUAGUCUUAGAAUUCCUGCUCUUGGGAUUCGGAAAGCUCCAUAACUUGACAAUUUUAGUAUUUGUCCUAUUUUUGAUCAUUCAUAUUAUGGCUUUAUCCAGCAAUUUUCUCAUCAUCGUCUUGGUGGUGGUCAACCAGAGUCUCCAUUGUCCCGUGUACUUCUUUCUCAGCCAGCUGUCCUUGUCUGAAAUCCUCUUCACCAGUAACAUAGUGCCCAACAUGUUAUGGCUGAUACUGGUUGGUGGUGGUAAAGUGUCAGUCAGCAGAUGUAUUUCCCAGUUCUAUUUGUUAGGUGUCCCGACCAUCGCUCAGUGCUUGUUGUUGGCUGCAAUGUCCUUCGAUCGACAAGUGGCUAUUUGCAAACCAUUACAUUACACCAUCAUCAUGACCUUUAAAAACCAAGUUCAGAUGGUCACCUCUUGCUGGUUGCUGGGCUUUACGCUGUCAUCUAUAAUAUAUAUUUUCCUAUCCAGAUUAGAGUUUUGUGGUCCGAAUAUUAUCAAUCAUUUCUACUGUGACAUUGCUCCAGUGGUAGAACUUUCAUGUUCAGACACAGCAGCUGUUGAAUUGGUCACUUCUUUGGUGUCCUUCCCCAUCAUCCUUUCUCCGUUCCUCUUCAUUUCGGCCACCUACAUGUCCAUCCUUCACACCAUCCUGAAGAUCCCGUCCACCACCGGGAGGCAGAAGGCCUUCUCUACCUGCAGCUCCCACCUAACCGUUGUGGGUGUUUAUUAUGGGACACUAACGUCCAUUUAUAUUUUUCCGCCGAGCAGCAAUUCGGUCCAUGUCAACAAGGGUCUGUCAUUGCUUUACACUCUGGUGACGCCGUUAUUCAACCCUCUGAUCUACAGCCUGAGGAACCAAGAUAUUCAGAGAGCCAUUAACAAACAUAUUGAAAUAUGGAGAGCAUUUCAAGCAACGUAG